UUCACCGUCGACGAGACGAGCCGUCUGGAAAUUUGUCUCGUGGUUUCGACACAAAACAUUUUUUAAACGUUUUUCUCGCUUUGCCGGGCACAGUUGUUGUCUUAUAAAUCCAAACACGCUACUCUCGGUUGUCGGAACUAAAGCGGAGAAUGGCUGCCGCUGAGGUGAACGGUAGUUCUGCCCUAAUAACGGAGGAAGAAGAACCCAUGGAUGUUACCGGGACGCUCUCGGAAAGCUACCAGAUACUCAUUGAUGCUGGGCUCCCACAGAAAGUUGCGGAAAGUCUGGACAACAUCUUUCAAACAGGCCUGGUGGUGUAUGCUGAAUUGGAUGAGAGGGCUAUUGAUGCACUGCGUGAGUUCAGUGAGGAGGGUGCACUUGCUGUGCUGCAGCAGUUCAGAGAGAGUGACCUGUCGCACGUACAGAACAAGAGUGCUUUCCUCUGUGGAGUAAUGAAGACUUACCGACAAAGAGAGAAGCAAGGUAGCAAAGUACAAGAGUCCACCAAAGGGCCAGAUGAAGCAAAGAUAAAGGCUCUUUUGGACCUGACGGGAUACACUUUGGACGUCACCACAGGGCAGAGGAAAUAUGGAGGCCCCCCGCCUGAGGAGGUUUUCAAAGGAAUCCAACCAGGGAUUGGGACAGAGGUGUUUGUUGGAAAAAUCCCAAGAGACUUGUAUGAAGAUGAGUUGGUGCCACUCUUUGAGUCUGCGGGCCCUAUCUGGGACCUCAGGUUAAUGAUGGACCCGCUUUCUGGUCAAAAUAGAGGUUACGCCUUUAUUACAUUCUGCAAUAAGGAUGAUGCGCAAAAGGCUGUGAAGCUUUGUGAUAACUGUGAAAUUCGCCCUGGGAAAUACUUGGGAGUGUGUAUAUCUGUUGCAAACAAUCGCCUGUUUGUUGGAUCUAUCCCAAAGAAUAAAACUAGAGAAAGUAUAUUGGAAGACUUUGGCAAAGUUACAGAGGGUCUUCAAGAAGUGAUUCUGUACCACCAGCCAGAUGAUAAGAAGAAAAACAGGGGCUUCUGCUUCCUGGAGUAUGAGGACCACAAGUCGGCCGCACAGGCCCGUCGUCGGCUCAUGAGUGGAAAGGUCAAAGUGUGGGGGAAUCCAGUAACUGUGGAGUGGGCCGACCCUGUUGCUGAGCCAGACCCGGAGAUUAUGGCAAAGGUAAAAGUGCUCUUUGUAAGGAAACUGGCCACAGCAGUAACAGAAGAACUCCUUGAAAAGACAUUCUCCCAGUUUGGAAAGCUGGAGCGAGUGAAAAAACUAAAAGAUUAUGCCUUUGUCCAUUUCGAAGACAGGGAUGCUGCUGUAAAGGCUAUGGAUGAGAUGAAUGGAAAGCAGCUUGGAGGGGAAGAAAUCGAGAUUGUUCUGGCAAAGCCUCCAGAUAAGAAGAGGAAAGAGCGCCAAGCGGCUAGGCAGACCAGGAAUUCAGGGUAUGACGACUACUAUUACUACCCACCUCCACGCAUGCCACCACCAGGGCGUGGUAGAGGGCGGGGUGGUCGGGGUGGGUUUUCCUAUCCAGCAGAUUACUAUGGCUAUGAAGACUAUUAUGAUGACUACUAUGGCUAUGACUAUCAUGACUACCGUGGUGGCUAUGAAGACCCUUACUACAGCUACGAUGACGUAUACAGUAGCAGAGGGCGUGGCAGCCGUCCUAACAGGGGUGGGCUGCCUCAAUCUCGGGCCCGUGGGGCGCCACCGACCCGAGGCAGGGGAGGUUAUUCCCAAAGAGGGCUGCCCCUGGGAGCACCAAGGGGUAGCCGUGGAGGUCGGGGAACCCCGUUCCAGCCACAGAGGGGCCGCGGGCCUCGUGGGGCCCGGGGGAAUCGUGGGGGGAAUGUCGGAGGCAAGAGGAAGGCAGAUGUGUUCAACCAGCCAGACUCCAAGCGCCGCCAGACCAACAACCAGCAGAACUGGGGGUCCCAGCCCAUCGCCCAGCAGCCGCUGCAGCAAGGGGCCGACUAUUCCGGUAACUAUGGUUACAGUAAUGACACCAUGGAGUUUUCACAGGAUACUUAUGGGCAACAGUGGAAGUAAAGGCAUCACAAAAUUUUGGCUAUAUGAUGACACAACAUCAAAAAAUACAUUGGCCAUAUUUGUUGAAUUGUUUUUUAUUCAUCCCUCAUUAAAAUUCUGUAUGUCAGUAGCUUUAAAAAAAAAAAAAAAAGACCCCUGAAUUGGCUUAAGAUGAUUACUCGUGCAAAUGUGAAGGUUAACUUGUGGUGAGUCAUUUAAAGUGACAUUGGAACACCUCUUAACAAAAAAACGGAAACCCAUUUAUUGAUACUCUCUCUCCCUGAUUACCUUAAAACCAACAGUGAACAUUACCCAAGUGGACAUUCAUGGUCAAUAGUCUUGAGAGGACAUUUUAAAAAAUGACAUUGCCUUGCAGGACAUUUUGUGUCCGUGUCCUUUCUCUCCCUUUCUUGUACUCCCUUUAUUUGUGGUUCUCGUGGCUAAAGUACAUCAGGCAUGUACGCGGCACGACACAGCAGACUUUUUACCCUCCACUACAUGAGACAAUUCUGUAGGAACAUCAAGUUUGAGUUAGUUAGAAUACCCCAGCAAUUGCAGUGUUGCGGGUUGUUUGCUGUGAUUAUCAGAGCUGUGUACAUAACUGAUGUAUUUGAAGCACCAUAGUUACUUGGGGACUUGCUUGUACAUAAAUGCUUACCGUUAGAGCUUCAGAUUCCUUUUUUUUUUUUGCAACAGUGGAGAAAAGAAUCCACACAGGAGGAGGAAACAAACAUUUUGUAAGUGUAUGCUUAGCUUUUUUAGAGGUCAUCAAAUUGUGCUUUUUUUUUUAAUUGAUACCAUAAUUUCCUGUUUGCUCUGAAAUUGCCCAACUAGAAUUUGGUUUGGCUUACCUUAAGAGCCAUAGCAGUUUGUUCUCUGGUGUUACAUGUAUUUAUAACUUCUGCGUUUGUCCCGUUUCAAUAAAACUCAGCUGAGAAUCAAUCAAUCAA